AUGGGAAAACUCGCUGGAAAAUGGGGAGGGUUCAAAGAGGCGAUCAAGAAUGAUGUGAAUCUCAAUCGCGCAGGUCGAGGGAUUCGUCGCGGCGUAAAGGCUUUUCCAUCCGCGGCUGGGAGGUAUGUGGUGGGGAGGAUGCCAAUCGUACGGUGGUUACCAAAUUACACACCAUCAUGGAUUAUCAACGACAUUGUGGCGGGUAUCACGAUGGGGAUACUUUUGAUUCCACAGGCGAUAGCUUUUGCUUUCAUUGCGGGGGGUUCAGUGCAAGAUGGUUUACUGGCUAGCUGGCUCCCUCCAGUAAUUUACUCGAUAAUGGGAACUUCAAAAGGUAUUUACGCUUCCACUCAAUCAGGAAAUCAUCUAACAAAGUCAGAUAUCAGCGUUGGGCCAACGUCGAUCAGCGCUAUACUAACAGGUGCUGUUAUAUUCGAACUGAAAAGCGCUUUCCAGAUCCCCGCGAUAGUGACUCUUCCGGCGGUCUCAUUUGCUGUCGGCUUCCUGUCAUUACUGAUGGGAAUGCUGAAUCUCGGAUGGCUUCUCGAUUUCGUUUCUCUGCCGAUAAUUACAGGUUUCAUGCUCGGUGCAGGUCUUAUAACAGCUCAAGCUCAGGUUCCUAUUUUGUUAGGAGAGACUGGCGUUGGUCUAACAUUUAUUGAGCAAGGCAAAGGCAUUUUCAUGCAACUGGGGACUGCUCAACCUCUUACGAUAGUUAUUGGAGUUUCUAGCAUUCUUCUUCUGGUUGUCCUUCAGGUCAUCGGAUCUAAGUUCGGAAAUCGACAUUUCAUCAUCUCAACUUUCGCGUCAUGCCGCUACGCAGUUGUAAUGAUCGCCUUCACUGGAUUGAGUUUUGGCUUAAAUCAAGGUCGACUAUUUCCACUAUGGGCUGUCACCGGCGAGAUCCCCACAGGUCUACAAGCACCUCGCCAACCAUCAGACUGGCGACUCGUUGCGUUGGUGGCGACAAAGAGUAUGCCUGUCUUCUUUGCGACGGUCAUUGAGCAUCUAGCUGUUGCGAAAGCGUUUGGUCGUCAAAAUGGAUACACAAUCGAUCCUUCCACGGAACUGACAUACUUAGGGAUCACCAAUAUUGCCAAUGGAUUCUUUGGCGGCAUGCCAGUUGGUGGCACUUUGUCCAGAACCGCUGUAAAUUCAGGCUCGAAUGUUAAAUCUCCACUUUCAGGCCUGUUUACCUCAGCUGUUGUACUACUAGGAAUCUUUAGCUUGAAAAAUGUGCUCUUCUGGGCUCCCCACGCCACUGUGGCAGCCGUCACCGCUGUUGCUACAGUGCAGGUAUUUCCACCCUUCAGCGUCAUGAAGUUUCAUUGGAAAGGUUCAUUCAUCGAUUUCUUAUCCUGCCAACUUGCCACUCAACUCGCUAUCACCGCCAGUUCAGCCAUGGGUGUUGGCUUAGCCGUCUUCUUCAUCACAGUCUACACACUUGUCCGCGCCAGAUUCAGCAAAGCCGAAUUCAUCGAUCAGACAUCCCUGAACAUCAAAUUUGCAACUGAAGAAAUCAGACGAGGUGUUGUUGUUCAAGGCGGAAUGUGUAUCGUUCAUCUGAAAAAUGACGUGUUCUUCCUGAAUGCCUUCCGCGUCAAGCAAAGCAUUAUCGAUGGACUGGCACAAUCAUACACACGCCAACCUCGCACUCAAAAUGACAGGCUAUGGUGUCACAAACGAGAGUACGAUGUCUCAGACGACACCUACCCCAUCAACCGCUCCACAACCCUAAAAGUCCUGAUCCUCGACUUCCGAGCCGUAAGUUUCAUCGACACAAGCACCAUCACCAUGCUCACCGACCUUACAUCCGAAAUGGAAACUUUUACCGAUGGAUUUGACGUUGAGCUUCGCUUUGUAGGCUUCUCUCUCAAGGUUCAAGAACGUUUCGAGCGAUGUGGGUGGAAACUUGUUGACGGAGGUGCACCUGGAGGUGGCGAUGGACUUGAAGGCGAUAGGGUGUUUGAGGAGGUUAGAUGCGCGAUUGAGUUUCCGGUUAUGGGGAGAGGUGUGGAGUUGGAUUUUGAGUUUGAAAAGGGAAAGGGGGAGGGGGAGGAGGUUAUGGUUAGGUAUAUUGGGUUUUAG